CACAGUACCAUUUAGGACCUCGGCAUCAACUACAAUCCUAUAUAUUAGUUGGAGGGCAUGAAAGUCCGCCCCAUGGAUCCCGUUACAACGCAAUAAUCCAGGCAUGGCGUUACCUAGGGCGUCCUUGAACUCGUUCCUUGCUACGGCCAAGGCUACCCUGAAUACUGCUGCCCAACAUGCGCAGCCCAUCACGUUUGUUGUUGGAAACGAAUCCGCUGAUCUUGAUUCCAUAUGCAGUGCUAUUGCCUACGCCUACAUUAGAACAUAUACAUCAAUACCGCCGAAUGUACAUGUCCCUAUAGCCAACAUUCCUGCUGCUGAUGUUUCGCUGCGGACAGAGCUGAGCCCGAUACUCUCACAUGCGGGAAUCAAAGCUAGCGAGUUGAUCACGCUCUCUGAUCUACCUCACCCGUCCAAACGGACAUUAUUGCUUUCCCCAGAGAAAACUAGGUGGCUUCUAGUAGAUCACAACUCCUUCCAAGGCGAGCUUGGACGGGUGUAUAGUGAUCGGGUUGUUGGCUGCAUCGAUCACCAUGACGAGGAGAACAAGGUGCUUAAAGACUGUGGCUCUGAGCCAAGGAUAGCCGAAAAGGCUGGCAGCUGUGCAAGUCUCAUUGUGAACCACUGCAAAGAAGCUUGGGACAAGCUGACACAUGACGACGAAGCCAGUACCUAUGACAGUGCGUGGGCGAGAAUAGCUCUAGCCCCCGUGUUAAUCGACACAGCAAAUCUGAAGAAUAAGGACAAGGUUACCAAACAUGACAUAGCUGCGGCCGAAACCUUGGAGAAACUCCUUCGAAGUUCGUCGUCAGACAAAUAUGAUAGAGAUGGCUACUACACCGAGAUCAACGACGCAAAGCAAGCCAUCGAUGAUCUAAGUCUGAAUGAUAUUCUCCGGAAGGACUACAAGCAGUGGACCGAAGGCCAAGGCGUCAACCUGGGUAUGUCAAGUGCUGUGAAAGAUGUGCGCUUCCUUCUCGACAAGGCCAGGAAUGAGGAGUCCUUCUGGAAAGAAGUUCAAGCCUUUGCCGAAGCGCGGAAACUAUCCGUUUGCGCUGUGAUGACGACUUUCACGCAUAAUGGCCAAUUUGGCCGCGAGUUACUGUUACUGGGUCUAGAUGAAGCUGGCGUGAAGGCGGCAAAGACGUUUGAAGAGGGGGCAAGUGAGGAACUUGGAUUACAGGGCUGGGAAUCUAGGAGGUUGGAUAGUACAGAUAGCAAAACCCAGUGGAGGCGUUGCUGGGCUCAAAAGAAUUUAGGGAUGAGCCGGAAGCAGGUCGGGCCACUUCUGAGGAAGUCGAUAAUUUAAAGCGUCAUUGGCAUAUCACAUACAAAGCAUCUGGCAGCGAAAUAAAAUGUUACGCAUCAGGGGAACCCACAAUAUCUAUAUAAAUAUGUAUAACGUACAUGUAUAGCGAAAGCGCCAAACAAGC